AUGACUCUUUCAGACGAGCAUUAUAAUACAGCUAAACAGCAAGAAAAUAAAAAUAGGAAUGCCACAACGGCAAUGGUAAAUCCGCAGAAGAUAAAACUAGUUACCAAGCUUCUUAUUGAUAAUAAAUUUGGAUUAAUGGACGACUUGAAUUUUAGUAGGCCAUUAACUGCUUCUUCGGAAGGUGUACCAAUAUCUACAAAGACAUCUGAAUUGGGUAUGGAGUAUCUCAAAAACCGGCAAGAAAAUUCGGUGAGUCCAUUGCCCCCCAUCCCUAGAAGUACAAGAAUAAAAGCCGACAGAGUAAGAAUAUACCUGGAUUACUAUUACAGUAUACUAGAACGUUGCAUAUCAAUAGAUAACUCCCAGAAUCAUCAUGAAGGUGUUGAAGGUGUAUACAAUCCAUUACAAGUCAUUAGAAAUCGAAAAUUAAAGAAAAAGCAUCAUGAAUUACCCACAAGAGAAUUUUACACCACGAAACAUCCUGUCAUUGCCAUCAAGCAAUUUACCCACAAAACUAAUAGAAAAAUGCCAUGGUUUGUGGACAUAAACGAAAAAUAUAUGGAUUUGACUUGGAGAACUUCACACUGGGAAGAAUUAACAGAUCCUCAAGGCAAACUUUGGUUUCAAUUCAGUAGCCCAUCUACUGAAUCGAGCGGAUCAUCAUCGUCUCGCCAGCAUCAUAAGCGUCAUCGGAGCCGCUUAAGGCAUCACUCGAGGGCCCCCACGGCAUCUUCAAAUACUAUAUCAUUACAUUCAAACACUCAAUCACUAGCGUCGAAAAGAGCCGUAACUAAUGAAGAAAUUAACAAUAGCAAUAACACUACGGUUAAAAAAAUUCUAACGACUCCAGAAGCACAGAUUUCAAAGAACAGGAGGUCCGAUCCAAAUUUCAAUCACAUCCGCUUGGAAGUGCCGAUAACUAACACUAUUACAAACAAUUCCUCAGAUCAAGGGUCAUUGAUCCUUGAGGUCAAAGGCAGUAGUGGUCGCGGAAACACUCGGCGUGGAAGUAAUAAUACUAGUGGGAGCGGUGGGAAUAAAAGCUCUAAGCAUUAUCGUUCGAUAUCAGCAAGCUCUUCAGAAAACGAAAAAUCAAGACUGAAUGGCCUUGAAAAAAUAAUCAGUAAAACAUCGAAAGGAUGGGCCAGAUCACCGAAGAAAAAUACGCCUACUCUUGAAAAGCAGGUCCUUUUAACCCCCGUUAUUAGCAAUGGAGGAACAAGUAGAAGGAGUAGUAACAACGGGGCGAGCAUCAGUACUAGUAGUAGUAAGAGCAGUGUGGGCAUCACGUUUGGAAAUGGAGAAAGUUACAAGACUCCAAUAGAUAAUGGUAAAGAUGUCCUAAAAAGACAGAGUUUGCUGAGCGAGGUGCCCGUUCAUACUUUGAGAGGAAAGAACAGUACUAACUCGUUACUUAACGAGAAUGAACAGGUUCUCGAAAGUGAUCAUGAAAGCCCGAGUGGUGCUGAUAAAAUAUACGAUGGUGUGUCUAGGGAAAAGACUGCUAGUGAUGGUAGUGAAAAUGCGGGAAUGGUAAGUGAUUCUUUACAGGUUGAUGAGCAGCUGCAGAAAUACUGGCACGAUACUAGGUACAUUAUGAGCACAGUAGCUAUGAUGCAACAUAGAAGAGAGACGCAUGACAUAGUGAAAAGGAGAGAAAUUGUUCGUAGGAACCAAAUUGAGAUUUCACAAGAUGCAGAUACGAACAUUAAGAAGACUUCGGAAGCAUUAGCCGAAUAUGAUAAUGAAUUGAAUAAAGUUCUUAAAUUAGGUAAUGAUUGGACAUCAAGAUUACUGAACGAUUAUUCAAUCCGUGUAGAAACUCUGAUUUCUUCAAGUGACAGAAUUCUUAGUGAUAUAAACACAACACUGACAUUAAAGCUGAAACUAUUUCAAGAAAACACUGAAAGAUAUGUUACAGUGAAAGUUAUGAGAGCCCAAAAGAUGACUAAAACCAUAUACGGGCUAUUAGAAUUUGGUAUCGUAAUAGUCCUUUGGACGAUUUGGUUUUUUUUCAGUAUCUUGAGAAGUAUCCGUUUCAGUAUUAUAUUAGUCUUAAAAAUGAUUAAAGCAUUGAUAUGGUAG